UCCUGUUGACCCCCCCAGGUCCAGUUCCUGCUUAUGCACAGCUUGUUUCUGUCCAACUAGCCCACGUAUGCGCAGGAAAGCGAGCGUAGCACGGUGAAAAUGCCUCUGGCCAAAGACCUCCUCCACCCUACUAUUGACCAUGAGAGACGACAACAUAAAAAGAAAAGACUUGUUCAGAGUCCUAACUCCUACUUUAUGGACGUGAAGUGCCCAGGCUGCUACAAGAUCACCACCGUGUUCAGCCAUGCACAGACAGUGGUACUCUGUGUGGGAUGCUCAACUGUGUUGUGCCAGUCAAAGGGAGGAAAGGCCAGACUGACAGAGGGUUGCUCUUUCAGGAGGAAGCAACAUUAAACAGGGAUCGCACACUUUAUCAUGUCUGUAAUUAAGCCAUGCUAUUGAUAAAAUCCCAUAUUUUUCCAUUGAUUACAAUGUAGUUGUGCAUUCACUAAUUACAGGUUCCAUCACUGUACAGAUGUCCAACUUUUAUGAUAAAUUUAUAGACUAGCAAAAAUUUUAAUAUGCAAGAAACUUGUUGUAAAAUCUCACCAAGUAAAUAAAGAAAGUUGAAAGUAAAA